AUGGGAAAAUAUUUAAGGAUUUGUUCGACGUCGUCAAUGUCGGUUGCCGAUGCGUUCAAGAAUCACCACGUGGUACCGGAUGUUGUUAGUGUUGCACCAACACAACUGCUUCAAGUAUCAUUUGAUAGUGGCGUUUCGGCUUCGCUUGGCAACGAAUUAACUCCAACACAGGUUAAAAAUCCGCCAAAUAAUAUUUCAUGGGAAGCGGAAAAUAAUUCGCUUUAUACGCUUGUUAUGACCGAUCCCGAUGCUCCGAGUCGUGCGACACCAACAUUUAGAGAGUGGCAUCAUUGGCUUAUUGUCAAUAUUCCUGGUAAGGAUGUUAGCAAAGGUGAUGUUCUAUCUGAAUAUAUUGGUUCUGGUCCUCCAAAAUCCACAGGUCUUCAUCGCUAUGUGUACCUUGUUUAUAAGCAACCAGGGAAAAUCACCGACACAGAUCAUGGCCAUUUAACGAACAGAUCAGGUGCCAACCGUGGUGGUUUUAAAAUCGCUGAUUUUGCGAAGAAACACCAUCUCGGUAAUCCUAUCGCUGGCAAUUUUUAUCAGGCUCAGUGGGACAACUAUGUGCCGCUCUUAUACCAACAGCUUGGUGGAUAA